CGGAAGUGAGAGUGAACAACGUGCGCGCUUGUGACAAAGCAGAAAAAGGCGUUUUAAUGAUAACACGCGGGCGAGGGCUGUUUGUUUUAAUUUAGAGAUCAGCCUUUCGCGCCGAGCUUCUGGUUCCUGGCGGGCAGAGCACUUAGUUGCGCCCGCGUGGCAGCAUUAACGGCGAGGACGAGUCUCCUUUCGAAACGCCCUGAAUAGGAAGCGCCUUUGAAGCUACUCUGUACCCCAUUAUUUAGCAGACACGAAUCGUGGUGAAAGAUAGAGAUUCUAAAGCAAGCAAGGAAAGACAGAAACGAUAUGUGUUCUGAAUAUCCUGGAUAUAAUGGAGCUGAUUGUACACUCUGUCGCACCUAACAGUUAUAUUUACUUUUUCUGGAAAGUGGAUUGAUAAAGAAUUGAUAAGUCUGAAGUGCCCAGAGGUUACAAAAACAGAAAUAACUGCUUGGUUUGCCUUUCACCAAUUAGCCUGCCCUCUCUAUACAGACAUGUCUGUUGAUGGUACUGAUGGAGAUAGCCCAAGAUUUUUUGUUGGAUGUGAAGAUGGAGAAUCCGAUGAAUUACUGGAUCCUGUUAAAUUAGAAAGUCAUGACUAUUGUUAUGGAAAUCCUGAGGAGGAGGAAGAUGAUGAUGAUGAUGAAGAAUAUGACUCUCCUCCAGAAAGACAAAUCAUUGUUGGAAUAUGUGCUAUGGCAAAAAAAUCUAAAUCCAAGCCCAUGAAGGAAAUUUUGGAACGCCUUUGCUUAUUCAAAUACAUAACUGUUGUGAUAUUUGAAGAAGACGUAAUACUGAAUGAACCUGUAGACAACUGGCCUCUUUGUGACUGCCUGAUAUCUUUUCAUUCAAAAGGCUUUCCCUUGGACAAAGCUGUAGCUUAUUCAGAACUGCGAAAACCCUUUGUUAUUAAUGACUUGGACUUGCAGUAUCACAUUCAGGAUAGGAGGGAAGUGUAUAGAAUUUUAAAGGAGGAGGGGAUCCUACUUCCACGGUAUGCAGUUCUUAAUCGUGAUCCUGACAGACCUGAAGAAUGCAGCUUGGUUGAAGGAGAAGAUCAUGUAGAAGUCAAUGGUGAGAUUUUCCAGAAACCAUUUGUGGAGAAGCCAGUGAGUGCCGAGGACCAUAAUGUGUAUAUUUACUACCCAACAUCUGCAGGAGGUGGAAGCCAAAGGUUGUUUCGUAAGAUUGGUAGCCGAAGCAGUGUGUAUUCCCCAGAAAGUAAUGUCAGAAAAACAGGAUCGUACAUUUAUGAGGAGUUUAUGCCAACAGAUGGUACUGAUGUUAAGGUUUACACAGUAGGCCCUGAUUAUGCUCACGCUGAAGCCCGGAAGUCACCUGCUCUUGAUGGCAAAGUAGAACGUGACAGUGAAGGAAAAGAAGUUAGAUACCCUGUCAUCUUAAAUGCCAGAGAGAAGCUCAUUGCUUGGAAAGUUUGUCUUGCUUUUAAGCAAACUGUAUGUGGUUUUGAUUUACUUCGUGCAAAUGGGCAGUCAUAUGUCUGUGAUGUCAAUGGAUUCAGCUUUGUGAAAAAUUCCAUGAAAUAUUAUGAUGACUGUGCUAAAAUUUUAGGAAACAUUGUAAUGAGAGAGUUAGCACCCCAAUUUCAAAUACCUUGGUCUAUCCCACUUGAAGCUGAAGAUAUACCUAUUGUUCCUACAACUUCAGGCACAAUGAUGGAACUUCGGUGUGUCAUAGCAGUUAUUCGACAUGGAGAUCGGACUCCAAAACAAAAGAUGAAAAUGGAAGUUAGGCAUCAAAGGUUUUUUGAUCUGUUUGAAAAAUAUGAAGGAUACAAAACUGGAAAGCUGAAACUAAAGAAACCAAAGCAACUUCAGGAAGUAUUAGACAUCGCACGGCAGCUACUUGUAGAACUUGGGCAAAAUAAUGAUUCAGAAAUUGAAGAAAGUAAAGCUAAGCUUGAACAACUGAAAACAGUCCUUGAAAUGUAUGGUCAUUUUUCUGGUAUUAAUCGCAAAGUUCAGUUAACUUACCUUCCUCAUGGCUGUCCAAAAACAUCAAGUGAAGAAGAAGACAAUCGCAGAGAUGAUCCAUCUCUGUUGUUAGUGCUAAAAUGGGGUGGAGAGCUUACUCCUGCUGGAAGAGUACAGGCUGAAGAGCUUGGAAGAGCAUUUAGGUGUAUGUACCCUGGAGGACAAGGUGAUUAUGCUGGUUUUCCUGGAUGUGGUUUACUUCGUUUACAUAGUACUUACCGGCAUGAUUUAAAAAUAUAUGCUUCUGAUGAAGGUAGAGUUCAGAUGACUGCUGCUGCAUUUGCUAAGGGCUUAUUAGCUCUUGAGGGAGAACUGACCCCAAUAUUAGUACAAAUGGUAAAAAGUGCCAAUAUGAAUGGCUUGUUGGACAGUGAAGGUGACUCUCUAAGCAGCUGUCAGCAGCGUGUCAAAGCCAGAUUACAUGAAAUUCUUCAGAAGGACCGAGAUUUCACAGCUGAAGAUUAUGAAAAAUUGGCACCUACAGCAAGCGCAUCUUUAAUUAAAUCAAUGCAGAUGAUUAAAAAUCCUGUAAAAACAUGUGAUAAAGUUUACUCAGUGAUUCAGAGUUUGACAUCACAAAUAAGGCAAAGAAUGGAGGACCCCAAAUCUACUGACAUUCAGCUUUAUCACAGUGAAACACUUGAGCUUAUGCUCCGAAGAUGGGCAAAACUGGAGAAGGAUUUUAAAAUGAAGAAUGGAAGAUAUGAUAUUAGCAAAAUUCCUGACAUCUAUGACUGUAUCAAAUAUGAUGUUCAACACAACUGUGCUUUAAAGUUGGAUCACACAAUGGAAUUAUAUCGACUUUCAAAAGCUUUAGCUGACAUAGUCAUUCCACAGGAAUAUGGUAUUGCAAAGGCUGAGAAGCUGGAUAUUGCGAAAGGAUACUGCACCCCCUUGAUUAGAAAAAUCCGUUCAGACCUACAAAGAACACAAGAUGACGAUACUGUUAAUAAAUUGCACCCUGUAUAUUCAAGAGGAGUUAUGUCUCCUGAACGACAUGUUCGGACAAGAUUGUAUUUUACUAGUGAGAGUCAUGUUCAUUCCCUGCUUUCUAUAUUGCGUUAUGGCGCUUUAUGUGAUGAAAACAAAGAUGACCAAUGGAAGAGAGCCAUGGAUUAUCUCAAUGUUGUUAGUGAGCUUAAUUACAUGACACAGAUUGUAAUCAUGCUUUAUGAAGAUCCUAGUAAGGAUGUAUCUUCUGAUGAUCGCUUUCAUGUUGAAUUGCAUUUUAGCCCUGGUGCAAAGGGCUGUGAAGAAGACAAGAAUUUGCCAUCAGGUUUUGGAUACAGACCAGCAUCCCGGGAGAGCGAUGGUUACAAGAAGAAAAGUCAGAAUAACGAUAGUGAUGAAGAGCUUGCAUCCUCUAAAAGGGACGAACCGGAUCGAUCCCUCAUGAUGUUUAGGCCAAUGGUAUCUGAUCCAAUCUUCAUACACAGGAAGUCUCCUCUGCCUCGCUCUAAAAAAAUUGGCUCUGUAGAAGAAGAGAGCCCCCUGAGUGUAUCUAGCCCUGAGUGUAUUGGUACCUGGAUGCAUUACACCUGUGGUGUGGGUACUGGGCGUCGAAGACGCAGAUCAGGGGAACAAAUAACUUCUUCCCCUGUCUCCCCCAAAUCACUGGCUUUCACGUCCAGUAUUUUUGGCUCAUGGCAACAGGUUUUAUCUGAGAACAGCAGUCAUGCUAGAGUUGCUCGGCUUCAUGCCGAGCAGAAGCAUGCAGGAAUAGGGUCUCAUUGUGCGGGUCUGUUUAGCACUACUGUGCUCGGGGCUUCUUCAAGCGCACCUAAUCUACAGGAUUAUGCUCGUACGCAUCGUAAAAAGCUGACUUCAUCUGGCUUCUUAGAUGACGCUACACGUGGUUCUGCUGUUAAAAGAUUUUCUAUCUCAUUUGCUCGACACCCAACCAAUGGGUUUGAGUUGUAUUCCAUGGUACCUUCAAUAUGCCCGCUUGAGACCCUCCAUAAUUCCUUGUCUCUUAAGCAAGUGGAUGAAUUUUUGGCUUCUGUUGCUGCAUCAUCUAAUGAAACAUUCUUGGAAACUCCAACUUCUUCCCCAGCUUCUUCUGUAAGUUUUGGUGCAUCUUCCAGCAGAAAAUCAUCUUUAAAUACUUAUACUCCUGCCAAGAUUCUGCCAUCUCCAUUCACUCAGUCAAUGAACAAGGCUACAAGCAUGGGAGCCAUUGUGAUUGGCGAGCCUUGUGACACAUGUUCAGAUAUUAGUUUGUCUUCCACUGAUCAGCAUUCAGCACCAACCAGUCCUGCUAACCAAGAGCAAGAAGCAGAAUCUGCUCAAAAGCUAUAACUGCUAAAUAGGGUUGUUUUAGUAACAUCUUGUAAAACAUUAGAGAAAGAUUUGUUUUGUUUACAUUUAGCUUAUUUUGUAUUGGCUUUGUAAAUAACAUUUGUAAAAUUAGCAGUGAUGAUUUAAUUUCCUGUAUAUAUAAUUUGUUUUAUGGAAAUUUAUGAGAAAAUGAACCACCAACUGAUUUCAUUUGGUGUUGCAUUAUUCACUAGCUGUCAAGCAGCUAUUUAAAGAAAAAAACUGUAUAGAUAUUAUAGGUUUCACUUGAAAAAUACAAAUUCAAUAUCAUUUUAUUUUUUAUACAUAAAAGUAUUUUAAGGGUGAAAAUAGUUCAAAUUAUUUUUGUGUAUUAGGGAAAUGGCUUUUUCUUGAGUACUUCGUAAGUGUUAGAUAUAAAAUAGAAAUAAAUUAUUUUAUAGUUCUUGUACUAACAUUUUAAUUCCAGAUAAUGCAUUUAAGUCUUUAAUGUGUUAUUUUUCUUCCUCUGAAAGGCACCAGUGUUAUUUCAAAGCGUAUUUGUGCUUUCUUUCAAAUAAAUAUUUUUAGCCUUUCUGAA